AUGGUUGAAGGAGAGCCGCUUCUCGCGGGCGAGGAACGCGACUCCUUUGACAUCGAUGAGACGCCAGCUGCCACUGCUGUCACCACUGCAGCUACUUCGCCUGCUGCCAGCGAGACAGACGGGACACAUCAGGCUCACGCUUUCCGAAAACAUGGCCGGCGCGGAUUUUUUGCCCGCUUCCAGGCGCGGAAACGCAAGACGGUAGUGGUGUUGCUGGCCGUCCUCAUGUUUUCCAUCGCCACAAGCGGCAUGCUCAUCCUAAUCCCCAUAUUCCGUCUCCUGGAGGAUGCCGUCUGCCAUCUUCAUUACGAAAAACCCAGAUCCGAACCCAUCGAGGAGCAGUUGUGCAAGGUCGAUGGGGUUCAGCAGGAGUUGGCCUUCUUGGGUGGCAUUGGUGCCAUGCUGAAUUCCGUUGUUGGCCUUCUAUCGACGCUUCCGUAUGGAGUCCUGGCCGAUCGGGCAACUGGUUUCUUGGCUCUGUCGUUUGGUGGUGUUUCCGGUGGCCUCAUUGGGCCCAUCACCGCGGGUUUGCUAAUGGAACACAUGGGACCGUGGUUUCCCGUGGGCCUAGUCUUUUGCAUCACCCCAUUCGUCUUCAUCUUGGUGCUGUUUCUCCCCGAGACGCUGCCCAUAAAGCUUCAGGAUGUCGGCGAACGGGACGAACCGCGCCCCCUGUCCCAGAAGGUCCGCGAAGAACUCAAGGAACUUGGAGUGUCAUUCUCGCUGCUAAAGAACCGCAACAUUGCCUUGUCUCUACCGGCCUUCUUGAUUCAGCCGGCGCUGUUCGCAGCCUACACAUCGACCCUUGCUCAGCACAUUAGCACUUACUUCGGUUGGAGCCUCGCGCAAACCAGCUACCUCCUCUCGCCCCUCAGCAUUCUGCAGCUCAUCGUCAUCGUCCUUUUGCCGUUUUUGUCGGGCUUUCUGACCAAGGAAACCGGACGCUUCCGCUUGUCGACCUUUUCUACGGACACCCUACUGGCAAAGAUCUCUUUGUCACUUCUCAUCGCCGGAGCCGUGAUCGAGGGGUUCAGCCGCGGAAUUGCCCUGUUCCUCGUUGGUCUCACAAUCGGCAGCAUCGGCUCAUCUCACGGGCCACUUUGCCGCGCCAUCACUACAAGUUAUGUCGAACCCCAGCAGACGUCACGACUGUACGCUUUAAUCAGCAUGUUGGAGACGGGAGGGGCGAUGCUUGGAGGACCUGCUUUGGCAUGGUGCUUUACUAUUGGGCUGUCUAAAAAAGGGAUAUGGAUGGGCCUUCCGUGGUUCUACGUAGCCGGCCUCGUCCUUGUGGCUCUUGUCUCGCUCGUCUUCUUGCGAGCGCCUAAACCUAAGGUCGUUGUCCCGGACCCGGAAGAGGAGGAGAAUGGGGAUCUCGGCUACCUGUCGGCGGAAGAACAAGUUUGA